AUGCUGCUCUGGACUGUCGGACCUAGUCCCGUAGCUUCAGACGUGCAGAUUGGUGAGGACUCCAACUAUCGAACAUACCAAGAAACUGAAGAGCUUUAUGAGCAGAACUAUUAUUCUCUAAUGCCUAUACUAGACGGCCUUUGCAAAUAUAUUGCGGUCGGAUCUAGUACAUUCCGUGAUUUCGCAGCCAGUAGUACUGUCACUCCUGCCUCUAUGAUAUUACCCGAGCCACAAUUUCGUUUCAUACCGCCAGCGCUUCGAUCAGCAUCCUGGGAGUCCGUUCCUCCAUCCCCAUAUUCGCGAGUUCAAACAGCGCGGCGAGUCGGUGCUGCAGUCGCUACUUCGGCUGUUCCAAACUAUAACUAUUUCCCAGCGUGA